CUAGUUUUCUUUGCCAAGAUGGGUGGUGGUGAUGUUUGAGGGACGAGCGACAGGAAAGAGGAGGGCGGAGGAAGGCGAGAAAGUGCCCCUUAAGUGCCAAGGAACUCAUAACAGGAACCAGACGAGGCUCCACGGCCAAAUACUCCUGACCCUGAGAAGUGAGCCGCUGUCUUCAACCUAACAUGAUGGAAGUGGUACUAACCAGACUGCGGGACUUCACCUGCAAGGCCGCCACCUUUGACGCGUGCACGCCCGCUGGAGUGUGCAGGGAUCCUCGAAGCAGGCUCGACUGCCCCAGGAAUGGAGUUGCAGCUGGAGAGGAAAACAAGCUGGACAUUGAAAGCGCACUAGCCUGGCUACGAAGGGAACUGAUGGAGAUGCGAUCCCAAGAUCAAGUGCUGAUCCGGCAGCUGAUGGAGCUUCAUUCCGGCAUCCAGGAGCUCAAGCAGGAGCUGUCGGAGGAGGAGGAGGAGGCGAAGGAGGAGGAGUUAAAUGAGGAAGGCAGCUCCUGGUACUCGGAGAGCGAACAGGGAAGCGUCUACUCCAGCUCGGGGGAGGAGCUCUCACCCUUUCCCUUUUCGAAGAAACCUUGGUGUCUUCACUCCACUUCCUUCGCCGGGAAAUCUUUCAGCAGGAGAAGCUCUCUGCCUUGAAAAAGUGUCAUAGAACUUGUCCCGUCCGUCUCUCUUAUAACUCCUUGCGAAAAUUGCAUGGCUUGACGGUGUAAAAUGGAAAUGAGCUCGACAUGAAGAAUCGGGGGCAACAUGUCUCCCACCCAUGAAACUGUGACUCGUUUUGACUCGUAAUUGUUAUUUUGCAUUGACCAAAAGGCAAGCGCUGUCACCUUUGUGUAACUUCGUGUUUGUGCGACAAAUUUACUUUUACGACAGUAUAUGCUAAUCGCAUCCAUUUUUCUUUGGGCACACCUUCUGAAACAUCCACGAGUUUCUAUCCCCAAUGUGAGGGCUUGAGAUUUGAGACACAGAAAAUAGGCACUCAGAAACGUUGGCAGGCACGGAUCGGUACAAAAUGUCAAAAUAAGAAGAACGAAUAUAUAAUCGAUUCAUGAGUCUCGAUAUUUUUCGUCUGUGUCGUUCCAAAUUUCGACAGCAGCAGAAUUUUCAGGUCUGAUUUGCCAAGUGUGCUAUUGUCCAUCGCUGGAUGAAGGUUACAUCGCCACGGGUCGUUAGUCCUGAAAGCUCACUGACCUUUCACGAUUUUAACGGCAUGCGGAAUGGAGGCGACAUGUACAACGCCACAAUUAAAGCAAUUGUGACAGCA